AUAAACCAGACCCAUGAAGGCGGACUGGGCUGCGGACUGAAGGACAGAACCCUCCGCCCUGGGACCUGGACCUGGACCCGGACUCGGAUCCGGAUCCAGCUUUAAACAGAGACGGAGGAGACAAACGGAAACAGCCGGAGCAGGAAUGUCCCGCAGGUGAAAAACCGCAUGACGGACGCCGACGAAAUGAGCGGAGGAGCCGGGAUGGCAGGGCCCAGCUCCCGCAGGAGGAGGACCACCACGGCCCCCCCCGGAGGAGCCCCCCCUGGAGGAGCAGCCGGCGGGGGCAAGGGGAAGGGGAGCAAAUGGAACGAACCCCCACCGGGACCGGCUAAAGGAACGGAGGCCACGGCCGGACAGAAGAAGAGCAGCGGCAGGGUGGACAGGGAGGGGGGGGCACUGCCCCUGGACCCCCCCAGCCCCAAGAAGAGCAGGAGCGGAGAGGGAGGCAUGGACGACUGGCUCAGCUGUCACACUCUUCAGGAGUCUCUCCUGAGCUCGGCCAGUGGCUACAGCAACUACAGGGGAAUCCUCAACUGGUGUGUGGUCAUGUUGGUGCUAAGUAAUGCUCGUCUGUUCUUGGAAAACAUUAUAAAAUAUGGCAUCUUGGUUGACCCAAUCCAAGUGGUGUCCCUCUUCUUAAAGGACCCCUACAGCUGGCCAGCAGCCUGCCUUAUCAUCGUGUCCAAUGUCUUCAUCUUAGGAGCCUUGUACACAGAGAGGCGUUUAGCUGUGGGCACCAUCUCAGAAACUACAGGACUCAUCCUUCAUAUUUUUAACUUGACAUCCCUGUUGAUUUUUCCUUCAACCACUGUCCUCACAGUGCCCUCCAUGACCCCAGUGGGUGGUGUGCUCUCUUUAGGAAUCUACACAGUGUUGUUUCUUAAGCUGUAUUCCUACCAAGAUACAAACAGAUGGUGCAGAGAAAUCAGACGAGCCAAAGCCAAAAGACUGACACGCUCAUAUUCAUGUCCGUCUGUGACCCAGUCCAACGGUUCAGCGGUCCACAGUAACGUGUCCUACCCAGGAAACCUCACACACAGAGACAUGUACUACUUUGUGUUUGCUCCAACUCUGUGCUAUCAGCUCAACUUCCCACGAUCUCCUCGAAUACGCAAACGGUUCCUGAUGAGAAGACUCUUUGAAAUGCUUUUCUUCAUGCAGUUGUUGGUGGGAUUAAUACAGCAGUGGAUGGUUCCCACUAUACAGAACUCCAUGAAACCAUUCCAGGAAAUGGACUUUUCCAGGAUGGUGGAGCGCCUCCUGAAGCUGGCGGUCCCUAACCAUUUGAUAUGGUUAAUAUUUUUCUAUUGGUUUUUUCACUCGUCUAUGAACUUUGUGGCAGAACUGCUUCAGUUUGGAGACAGAGAGUUCUACAGAGACUGGUGGAACUCUGAAUCUGUCACAUAUUUCUGGGCGAACUGGAACAUCCCAGUUCAUAAGUGGUGCCUAAGACAUUUUUAUAAACCCAUGUUGAGGAAGGGGAUCAACAAGUUUCUGGCUCAAACUGCCGUCUUCCUCGUAUCUGCUUUCUUCCAUGAGUACUUGGUGAGUUUUCCUCUGAAGAUGUUCAGGCUGUGGGCGUUUAUGGGGAUGAUGGCUCAGGUUCCGCUGGCUUGGUUUGUGGGUCGUUAUUUGAAUGGAAACUAUGGCAACGCUGCUGUGUGGAUCUCACUGAUCAUUGGUCAGCCCGUGGCAGUGCUAAUGUACGUCCAUGACUACUACGUCAUUCAUUAUGGGACAUAAUUCUGGACAAACACAACCAGAAACAUGCAUUUGUCAUGUUGUGUACACAUGAAAUAAACAGACACACAAACGGUGGCUGCUGUUAAUCCGAUAAGUAGACGUACACUUCAACAGAAACUGGCUUCAGCAGAAGGAAACCUACUAUUUGCACAAAAGAAAAGUGGACCUUUGGUGUGAUAGAUCAGGAAAGUACUUGAUUUAAAGGGAUGUUGUACGUAAGAGGAGGUGUGGAUAAGCAGACGGACCAGGAUAUUUCCUUCUAUGAUGAACCAGCUGUCAGUGGCCUUUAUUUAUACAUUAGGGUUAGAUUUAACUUCUGUGUUCCUGGACUCAAAAUU